CUAGCGCUUUCCGCUGGGCUGGUUGCAGACCGCGCUCGGCUCCGUCGUUCGCUUGCUGUCGCCGCCGCCGCCAUCCGGGCAGCCUCUACCUCCCGAAGGGGACUCGGGAGCGAUGGGCCCGGCGCUGCUGCUCGCGCUGCUUUCGACCCUCGGAGCCGCCAAGCCUCUGCCCACCACAGGCAGCUCCCAUGGAGGGAUGAAUCACAACCUGUCAGGGGGGGUCCGGCGGUUGCGCCGUGAGCUUCAGGGAGCACCGUAUGAGGCUGUGGAGACCGCCUUGGCCAAUGAAGUGUAUUAUCCGGAACUGGUUCAGCUGGCUGCCCUUGAAAGGGCCCUGUCGACUCCAGGUAGCCAGCUACAGGAAGAUCACUUUGCCCAAGCCUUGGAACGAGCGUUGGCUUCUUCCGGGAACCAGCUGGCUGAUGAGCGAAUGGCCCAGGCCCUUGAAAGAGCGGUGUCCCCACCUAGCAACCAGUUCCAGCCAGACAAGAACCUGGCACGUGCUUUGCAGCGCCUCCUUCAGGAUGGGCAUCGCCGGGACCAGGAAUCUGUCUAUCUGGCAAAUCUGCUGAGGCUGUGGGAUGAAGCCAAGGGGGCAACCUUGUACCCUGAGUACGAUGAGACGGGCUUGGCAGGUGGCUCCUCUCCACCCAGAGUGCUGCCGAAUCGUUAUUGGGCCCCUGAAGGAGGAUUUGAACCCCAAGAAGAGCUGGGCGCAGAGGAGGAAGCUGCUGGAGAGGUGGACCCCGAGAUGCUGAGGUAUCUGAUUGGCAGGAUCCUGUCAGGAGCAAGCAACCUGCCUUCACAGCGCCUCCCACUGGCUCCCAGGCGCCUGCGUCGUGCCAUUUUUGAUGGAGACCUUCCCGAACCCCCCAAUCUUCUGCGGGUCAAGCGUCUUGGUGGGGAGAGUGGGGACGAGCUGCAGCGAGUCAAGCGGACAGAAGGAGAAGGUGUGGGUGGAAGGCGGAGUAUGAGUGGGGGCACCCAGAGGCUUCGGUAUAUCUCUGAAUAAUGAGAAUUGGUUUCUGUGAAAAGAAACACUGGGGAGCCACCUCACUGAUGAGCCCCUCCCUUUGAAUGUCAAUGGACUGUGAGUGACACCUUGUGUUCUUUCCUGCCUCUGUCCUACCUGUGACCCCCAAAAUACUGGGAAAGAAGGGGGAUAACCUUGGACUGGGAUCCCCAAAUCCCAAUUAUGUUCUAUAAAGUGUGUGCAGGGGAGGGCCGCUUUUCUCUUCACUGACCUUCUCAGUGCCCUGACGGAAAGGUCUUUUCAGCUAAGGAGAUGGUUUUUCACUGAUGGCUAGUUCCUACUUCCCUCCAAAGCCAGAGCUAGGUAUCACCAUCCUCAUCCUUCUCACAUCUUGGCUUUUUAAAAAAAUAAAAAAUAAAUUGUGGCUUAAACAAAUUUCCAACUCCCCCCACCCAAUUUCCAACUGCCUUAAUAUUCCUUCUUCAUUGAUGCUGCCUCUCACCCCUCCCUCCCUGUUUCCACCUGCUUGUUUCUGUCUAGUUUGUAAGACCCCUUGUGUUCAAACCUCGUUGGCCUACAUAAACACCAACGCUGCCCUUGCUGAUUUGUUGCCAUGUUCAAUCAUGCUUGUGGCCAGAGUUUUAGUGUUGAUUAAUUACCGAAUAAAAAGUCCCACCAGGUAUUUUAUUGUA